GUAUUCCUCCUGCGCCCCUCUCGGCGCUAUUAACACUUAAUUACCGAUCGCCGCGACACGACGUGUUGUGCGGCAGGCAUCAGCUUUGUUUGAUCUACUAAGACUACACUCGCAUCCUCCUUUUGAACCAUAGUCUGGUUUUUUAUCUCAGCUCACAACACUCUGGCAUCCACUCACUCUUCAUUGAUCUACUUUCUCUGGCCGAGUUUGCUCUACCACGAAAUCAAGCCAGUUUGCCAUCCUUCUCCGCCUUUUUAACCUCUGUCACUCCGACACUUCCUAACCCUAAGCCGAGACUCGUCCAUUCCGCCCUCGACUCAACGCAUCUUCGACCCCCCCCCCUCUUAUUACCACAAUGUCGUCCCCCGAAGCAGCCGGCCAAAAUGAUUCCUCCCAGUACUUGGUCUCCUUCGGCCCGACGCCAAUUGCACCCUCGCCCUAUGCCCCGUCGAAGCCUCCCUCCAGGGCUACCGGCCCACCCUAGGUGUGCAAAUCGCCUUCAUCGCCCUCUUCGGCGUCUCCAUGCUCAUCCACCUGGCCCAGGGCAUCCGCUACCACACCUGGUUCUUCGCUAGCAUGCUGGCGCUCGGCUGCAUCGGCGAGAUGAUCGGUUACGGCGGGCGCGUUUUGCUAUACCAGAACCCCUUCUCCUUUAACGGCUUCAUCAUCGAGAUCUGCUGCAUUACAAUCUCGCCCGUCUUCUUCGCCGCCGCCAUCUACGUCUCGCUCGCCAAGGUCUCGAAUUUUUUGGGCCCCGAAGCUUGCAGGUUUCCGGUCAAGGUAUACGUGUGGGUGUUUGUGCCGUGCGAUAUCGUUAGUUUGGUCUUGCAGGCCGUGGGCGGCGCGUUAUCAUCGAGUUCAGUGGGAAGUGACAAAUCGGGCGAGUACAUCACGCUUGCAGGUCUGGUGUUCCAGGUCUUCACUCUUUCUGUCUUCACCGCUAUGGCGUUAGACUACCUCUUCCGCUACAUAUCGUACCGUAAGUCUCAGCAAGUGGAUCAACGCCAGAUCCUCUCGACGCGCCUCGGGAUCUUUGGCGUUUUCUUCUCUGCAUCUAUUCUCUUUAUCCUUAUCCGUUGCUGCUACCGUAUUGCCGAGCUCAGUCAAGGAUACAGUGGGUCAAUCUUCCACGAGGAGGGUCUGUUUAUUGGGCUAGAGUCGGUAAUGGUGAUCCUGGCAGUGUUCGCCUUAAAUAUUGCUCAACCAGGCUUCGUAUUCCAGAACCGCACUCAGGAGGCCUAUACAACCUAUGGUCACAAUAUUGAACACGAACCCAGCUCCGAGCACAAGCCGUAAAAAGUGUUAUAAGGUGACCUCAUGAAGGACGUUUGGGCGAAGCUCUCUGUUACGGACCCACUAUGAAGAGUUGAUAGAACAGAGAAAGGAGACCCAAUCAACUUGGAUAAGAAGUGAUAGGGGUUUUACAAGGUCUAGGGCAACAGGAUGAAUCAUGUGAUAGGUUACAACAUUAGGAGUUACAGGACAAGUAUCUCUCCAAAGGAAAGGGAGGAAAGGGAAAUGCUUGUAUAGAAAAGGGAUACCUUUUGGAUAGAAAGGGAAUCUUACUUGUAGAAAGAGAAUACUUCUUUAUAUUAUAUA